UGUUUCAGCACUGGCUUAGCCCGAGUCAUGUCUCCAUGAUGUGGAUGCUUCACGUUCUCCUUUACACUCUGCUCUAUAAUCUCAGCUCUGUGUUCUGCCAUGUAUGUCCAGAGAAAUGUGUGUGUGAACCAGCAGCGUCUGUGCAAUGUUUUAGGGUGCAGUCUAUACCCUCGGGCAUCCCAGGAGACGUGAGGAAACUGAACUUAGGAUAUAACCACAUAAAGGAGAUAAAGAGUAGAGAAUUGUCUGGCUUGCCAGGUCUUGAAGAAGUCAUCCUGUCAUCAUGUGGAGUGGAGCAGGUCGAUGCCAACACAUUCAGGGCUCAAAAGCAUUUGAAGUCUUUGGAUCUCCAGAAGAACAAGCUGCGCCACAUCCCUCGCGGUCUUCCCUCCAGCCUCGAGAUCCUCCACAUGGGUCACAACCGGAUCCACACGCUGCAGGAGUCUGCUCUUCACGGCCUGAGGAGACUUCGUGUCCUAAAUCUGCAGAAUAAUCUGAUUACCACGGUGCGCGCCAGCACCCUCUCAGCCCUGCUAAAGCUGGAGUCUCUCUAUCUGGAUGGUAAUAAAAUUGAGACUGUCCAGGGAGUUCUCAGGUUGCCAGUGCUGAAUUGGUUUAGUCUGGCAAAUAAUAAGAUCUCAUCACUCCCGUCAGCUCUCUUCUCAUCACUGCAACUUCUAAAGACUUUAGACUUGUCCUCAAACCUUCUGACCAAAGUUCCUCACAACCUCCCACAAGCCCUGAUUCACCUGAACCUGGACAGAAACCAGAUCAGAUCAUUAAAGAGCCGUGAUCUGGCCCAACUGCGUGACCUUACGACUCUGUCUGCUUGCUUCAACAGACUGGUGUCUGUAGACGGCGGUCUUCGGCUGCCCAAUCUCACCGUGUUGGAGUUGGCAGGUAACCAGCUGCGAGUGCUGCCCAGCAGGCUGUCGACUAAACUCGAGAAGUUGGACUGUGGGCAGAAUCAGAUACAGGAUGUGACCCAUCAGCAGCUGUCUGGUCUAAGGCACCUGAAACAUCUGUUUCUGGAGAACAACACCAUCCGACAGUUUGAACCCAACGCUCUGAGGGACUGUAUUCACCUCACCAACCUGGCUCUGGAGCAGAACCUCCUCUCCACCCUCCCACAUGGGCUCCCUGAGUCACUAGUGCGCCUGGAUCUGAAAGGAAACCGCAUUACCAUGAUUCAAGAAAGCACCCUGAAGCCCCUCAAGCGCCUUCAAGUGCUGAAUGUGCGCAACAACAGGCUCUCCUCGCUGCCUGCCAUGAGCCUGCUGCCCAGACUGAGGACUCUGUACCUAGAGGGAAACCAGUGGAACUGCACAUGCGAGCUCGUCAAAGUCAAAAGAGCACUGCUGGCUCGGGAUGUGGACAUGAGCACAGAAUUCUGCACUGAACCUGUCCAUUCAUCACUGGACAUCUGGCAAGCGUACAUCAUGGCCCAAGAGACGUGUGAGGCACAGAACAGAGAGUUCUUACCAGAGAGCCAUACAGUAAACACAGACAAUGAAGAGUAUGAUGACUAUGACUUUUAAUUUGAAGAGAAAAAACAGCAAGUUAGGAAAUAUUAGAAUUACAAUGUACAGUUCACUUUUUAUAUAGUUCAUAGACAACAUGAUGCUUAGGGAUUUUUAUUUUUAAUUUUCUGUCAUUUUGUAUCAGAGUGUAUGUAAUGCAUUUUUAAUGUGUAACAUUUUUUUAAUUCUAAAGUCUAGAGUCUAGAUUGACCAGCUUUAAGAUUUCACCUACAGUAACACAUUAAACCACCAGAGGGCGCCACAGAUCUUCUUUCAUUCACUGUAAAACUCUAUUUAAAUCCCUUUUCUACGCACUAGUCCACAUUACAUUACUCAAUAAAUCAUAUGGUACAUUUUGUUAUAUCGUGUAUACACUAUUUGGUGUCCUUUUUUUUAUUUACUGAUCCUAUUGUUAUGUACUUAUUUACGUUCCAUUCUUAUGGAAAAAAUGGAAAAAGUUAAAACGUUUUAUGUCCCAGCUUUAUGUCUUCAUAAAAAAAUUAUGUGACUUUAUAUUAAAUAAAAUAUAUUUAAUAUGUAUUUUGAGUGUGAGCAAAAUAAACACCUGUUGUUAGUAUAAGCACUUUACUCAAUUUUGGGGGAAAAAUUAUAAUAUCAUUGUUGUUGUUGUUGUUGUUGUUGUUAUAUGACUUUUUCCCCACUGUCUAUCUUCUAUAAGAUUUAAGCCUAUAUUAAACAAAUACUAGAUCGAAAAAUAUUUU